AUGUCUUCUUAUUAUUAUUCUUUUAAUUUCUCAGUAAUAAUAUGCAUUUUGCUUGUAGUGUUGAGCUUUUUUUCCAAGUCAAAUGCUCAAUUGAAUUCCAAUUUUUAUCAAAAUAAUUGUCCAAAUGUUUCGGAUAUUGUUCGAUGUGUUAUUCAAGAAGCUUUGCAAUCUGAUGCACGUAUUGGUGCUAGUCUCCUCCGACUUCAUUUUCAUGAUUGCUUUGUUAAUGGAUGUGAUGCAUCAAUAUUGUUGGAUAAUAAUGCAAAAACAAAUAUAGUAAGUGAAAAAGAUGCAGCUCCAAAUGCUAAUUCCGUAAGGGGUUUUAAUGUUGUUGAUAACAUUAAGGUUGCUGUUGAGAAUUGUUGUCCCGGUGUUGUCUCUUGUGCUGAUAUUCUCGCUCUUGCUGCUGAAUCAUCCGUUUCUCUGGCAGGUGGUCCUUCAUGGAAUGUGUUAUUAGGGAGAAGAGAUAGUAGAAGAGCAAAUCAAGGAGGAGCUAAUAUUUCUAUUCCUUCUCCUUUUGAAAGCAUAAAUAAAAUUACUACAAAGUUUUCUGCUGUUGGCCUUAGUAUUACUGAUCUAGUCGCGUUAUCAGGUGCUCACACAUUUGGACGUGCCCAAUGUCGUUUAUUUAGACAGAGGCUUUACAAUUUUAAUGGUACUGGAAAGCCUGAUCCAACAUUAAACACUAAUUAUUUAGCCAAAUUAAUGAAAAUAUGUCCAAAAAAAGGAAGUAACACUCCUUUGGCUAAUCUUGAUCUUACAACUCCAAAUAAAUUUGAUAACAAUUAUUUUGCAAAUUUGCAAAAUAAUAAAGGCCUUUUGGAGUCAGAUCAAAAAUUAUUUUCAAAAAAUGGUGCAUCAGAAAUUACCAAUAUUAUUAACACAUUUAGCAGGGACCAAAAUGUCUUUUUUCAGAGCUUUGUGGAGUCAAUGAUUAAUAUGGGGAAUAUUAGUCCAUUAACAGGGACUAAUGGAGAAAUUAGAUUAGAUUGUAAGAGAGUCAAUUAA